CAUAGCAAUAAAAUAAGACAUGUAAUUUCUGAAACAAGGCAUAAUUAAAUGGAUAAAUUAAAUAAGAAAACUUACUUCAACAAGAUCUGAGUAUCGGAAGAGAUCCGGACUACAAUUUCCUCCGAGAAAUUAAAAAUUUAAACUUGAACUACUAAAACUACUAGAGAUUAUGAAAUGCUAGAGGAGGAGAAGAAUGGAGUGAAGAUGAUGGAAAUGGGGAGGGGGCGGGUUGCUUUUGUAGGCCCCAGAGUUAGGGCAUCCAAGUUGGGGCGUCUAAGUCCGAGCCUCCAACUCUGGAAGCUCCAACAUCGGGUCGAACAAGCUCCAACAUCACCCCCAGGUUCAUUUGUCCAGGUUCCAGGCCAACGGGGUCAUGCUAGUGGGAGAUUGUUGAAUAUGCCCUCCCCUUCCUUCUCUCUCCCUACUUUAUUUUCUCCGCCAAUUAACAUUCACACAUUUGCCUCUCCCCCUAUCUUGGAACGGAUCAGCAGUGGCGGCAGGAAGGUAGGCGGCACUCCGGCGAGGGAGGAAGAAAAAGGAAAAGAAGAGGAAGGAAGGGAGAGUUCGUGCGUUGACUAUUCUUGAAACGCGACCACCAUUCGUAUCGUCUUCAUUCGUCAACGCCACGUUCUAGAGGUAGACUUGAUGAACCUGAAGCCUAUCCCGGAGGGACACGAGAAUGGAUAGAUCAACGGACAGUGGAUGGGG